UAUUGAUUCAUUCAUUCAUGCAUGCAUUCGUUCAUAAUAACCUCUAAAUUCGAUGAUAUUCAUAUCAAAUAUUGGUUGUUACUGAUUCUGUUUUUUCAAUUUCAUCUGGAGUUGAAAUCGUUACCUCGUGUGGACGUGUGGUUGCAUACAUUGAUAAAUGGCAUCCACGUCCUCAAACUCUGCUCAAGCCUCUUCUUCUCAUUCAUGGAAAUAUGAUGUAUUUAUUAGUUUUAGAGGAGAAGAUACCCGCAAAACCUUUGUAGAUCAUCUCUACUCUGCUCUUGUAGAACGACCAAUCUGCGUUUACAAGGAUGAUGAAGCACUUCCCCGUGGUGCUUCCAUUGGCCCUUCUCUGUUCAAGGCUAUCGAAGAAUCACGUAUUGCUGUCGUAGUAUUCUCCACAAACUAUGCAGAUUCUUCGUGGUGUUUAGAUGAACUUGCAUAUAUUAUGAAAUGCAGGGAUGAGAGAGGGCUCAUCGUUCUGCCCAUAUUCUAUGAUGUGGAACCCUCGGAAGUUAGAAAACAAGAAGGGAAUGUCGGAGAAGCGUUUGCCAAACAAGAGGCGGAGAACGUCACCAAAGCUGAAUUGUGGAGAAAAGCGCUUUCUAAUGCAAGUAACAUUGCUGGAUGGGAAUCCAAAAAAAUUGCCAACGGGUAUGAGUCAAAAGUUAUCAAAGAAAUAGUUGGUAAAAUUCAAGAUAGAUUGCUUCCUUUAGAUUCAGAUGUUGAUGAAGAGCUUGUUGGAAUGAGAGAGCGCUUGAAAGACUUGAUAUCACGGUUAGAAAUUGAGAGGGGUGGUGUGCGGAUGGUUGGGAUAUGGGGAAUUGGCGGUAGUGGCAUUAGCUGGAUCACCUCAAUGGUUUGGAAGCGGGAGCCGAAUAAUAAUCACAACUAGAGAUGAACAUUUGCUAAGAACUCACAGAGUAGAUCAAAUCUCCUCCGUUAAAUUAUUAUCUCAUAAAGAGGCUAUCUUACUAUUA